AUGGGGCAGUCGGUGGAAGAAGACCUUGAUCAGAUUAUAGCGGCCAUUGACAUGAAGGACGGAGGGACAGUUGGCUGUUCAUACUAUUCUGCCCAGGAGAAAAGGUUGUAUUUGCUGGGAGAUAUACAACAUUCUAACUCUGAGGUUAUUGAGACCCUGAUUCUCCAAAUAAAGCCGACUGUUCUCUUGACCUCGACACGGAUUGACCACUCUAGCAUCAGCGGACAACCGUCGGAACGUGAAAAUGGUGCUCGUCCCUACCUCCCCUACCAGCUCGAUGUGCGACCAUCUCAGGAGUUCAACCCUUCAAACGCGAGAAAUAAAUUAGUGGCAUUAGAGAUAUCGUCAAGACAUGAAGAGCGCUUCAAGUUUCUCGUACCCCACAAUGGCCUUGUCGAUACAGUUCAAAUGGACCCGGAAAAUAUGGACUUCACCUUGGAGGAAGGCAGACACUUACACAUGGCCAGUUUUCUCGAUCUGGAAAACAAAGUAACACUUGGCUGUGCUGGCACUAUUCUUACCUAUCUACAACGACGAAGGUCUUCCGAUUUGGUAUCAGGUACAGACUCGGGACUUUACCAAGUGUCGUCUUUCGAAAUGUCCACCUUAACUGGGACAAUGUUCGUUAACGCAAGGACAUUAACAUCACUUCAGAUUGUUGAGUCCGAGUCUCACCCCAGCAUAGUCAACCAAGGGCCAGGAAAGUGGUCGUCUUCCUCCAAAGAGGGCCUCUCUGUUUACGGUUUAUUUAAGCGUUUUGCAUGCACUCCGCAGGGGAAACAGCGGCUACGACAAAUAUUUCUUCGACCUUCCGUUGAACUUGGUAUUAUCCACGAGCGCCAAUCGUUUAUCAGUGUGUAUCUUCAAGGGGACAACUAUAACUCAAUGGAAAAAAUGGUCAAGGGCUUGAAGCAUAUUAAGAACCUUCGGCCAGUAAUGAUCAACCUCCAGAAAGGGACAAGUACUGGCAGCGGGAAAGUGUCUGGCUUCAAGACAACGGUUUGGGCUACUCUGUUAGCAUUUGCGUUUUACGGCAUUGACGUGCAUGACGCUCUUCGAGAAACCGCGGGUGGACAUGGUAUAACUCUUUACAACAAGGCUCUUCAUGCUCUUGAAGGGGCUCAGCUAUAUACGGUCGACAUCGAUAGCUCUGACGAGCAGGGCAGAGCCGUCGUAAAGCCAGGACUGGAUAGAGAGCUCGAUAGAAUGAAAGACAGCUACGACGGACUAAGCAGUUUGCUGAAGCAAGUUGCAAUAGAGAUCGCGGCCACUAUUCCAGCAAGCUUUGAUAUCGACAUAAAUGUCAUUUAUUUUCCGCAAUUAGGUUUUAAUAUAGCCAUACCUCUUACGAAUGCGGGCGAGGCAGCAUACAAUGGCUCCGACGAAGGGUGGGAGCUUAUCUUCAUUACGGAGAACCGGGCAUAUUUCAAAGAUUUUAGAAUGAGAGAGAUGGAUGAGAAGCUGGGUGAUAUAUACGGUCUUAUCUGUGAGAAGGAAAUCGAGAUAGUCUACGAUUUGGCUCAGCGAGUUCUUCAGUUUGAACGGGUCCUUAUAGAAGCAUCCGAAGCUUGUGGGGAAAUUGACAGUCUUCUUGCGAUGGCUCAAGCAGCAACCUGCUACAAUCUUGUCCGCCCGAAAAUCUCGGAGGACAACAUAAUUAAAAUAAAAGGUGGCCGUCACAUACUGCAGGAGCUGACUGUAUCGUCUUACGUCCCCAAUGACACAUUCUUGGUAGGAGGCAGACUCGAAGAGCAAUUGACAGACCACUCGCAGAGUGCCCCGGAAGCUUUGCAGACCGGCGCAAACCCCAACAUGGUAUUAUUGACGGGCCCAAACUACUCAGGCAAAAGUGUUUAUAUGAAACAAGUUGCUUUGAUAGUAUAUCUGGCACAAACCGGAAGCUUUGUUCCUGCUGAGAGCGCUGAAAUCGGCACCGUCGACAAAAUUCUAGUGAAGUCAAAUUCCCAAGAUAGUGUUUCACAGAUUCAAAGCAACUUCAUGAGUGACCUUCAGCAAAUAGCUUUCGAUUUGAAACAUAUCACAGGCCGUAGCCUGUUGUUAAUUGACGAAUUUGGGAAAGGAACCAGCGAGCACGAUGGCAUCAGUUUGGCUUGUGGAAUUCUCGAGCACCUUUUGAGUCUAGAAGAUGCUCCAAAAGUAAUCGCUGCAACGCACUUUCACGAGAUAUUUGAGAAUGAGUUCCUCCGAGUCAGGCCCCGGCUACAGCUAGGCCAUAUGGAGGUCCGAGUCUGCGAAGAAUCCCAAGAGGCCGAUGACCAGAUCACAUACCUGUACAACUUCCGCUUGGGUCGUAGCACGAAGAGUUUUGGGACAAUUUGCGCUGCCCUAAAUGGGAUAAACAGAGUUAUUGUUGACCGCGCGAAUGAACUCGUGUCCCUCUCUGCUCGUGGGGAGAACUUGAUUGCGGCGUGCGCGGUGCUUUCUACGGAGGAGAUGCAGGCAUUGCAGGAUGCGGACGAACUAGCAAGAAGACUCUUGGCCAUGGAUUUGUCGGAUGGCUGUGAAGGCAAAAAUGCGAGAAGGAUGUUAGAGGAGUUUUUUCAACAUGUGCCGCGGCUGUCGGAAUAUAUAUCUAUAGACUCCGGUUCUGAUGCUUAA